CGCCGUCAUGUGUCGGGCCUCAGAGCCUGUUAUAACACCGCCGGCAUGUGCCGGGCCUCACAACCCCGGUACCGGGAACUGCUGCUGGUUUUGGGCCUCGUGACCUGGUACUACACUGACUGCCGUGGGCCAGGCCUCAUGCCCAGCAGCCCCAGACCGGAGGGCUGCCCGAUCGCUGCUUUGAUGAGGGCACACAGGACCACUGCCAUGCUGUUAAAGGAAACCAGCCGGUAUCAGCAGAGGCUGGGGACUGAACAGAUCGAGAGCAGCCCUGCCAAGAUGGACUUAGAAGUGCUGGUGGAUUCAAGGCUUAGCAUGAGCUGUCAGUGCGCACUUAAAGCCCAGAAAGCCAAAAGUGGCCUGGGGCCGCAUCCAAAGCAGCGUGAGCAGCAGGAAGGGAGGGGAUUCUGCGUCUCUACUGUGGUGAGGCUCCACCUCGAGUACAGCACCUAUUUCUGGGGUCCCAGCACAGGAAGGACAUUGACCUGUUGGAGCAAGUCCAGAGAAGGCCACCAAAUUGAUCUGAGUGGGAUGUCGCAGAACUGCUGGACACAGGCUUACCUGGGAGAUGGAGUCACAGUUGCUGGAGAAAAGAGCCCUGGAGCACAGCACCUCCGAGAGCUGCGGUUUCACUCGCCUCAGAAUUUGCAUAUGAAAAUCUCUGAAUCGAAAGGUGACGAAGUAAUGCAGUUUUCUCAUGCCUUUUUCGUCUGUAGUGCAGUGUCACCUUGGCUAACAACUGAGAAUGCUCCCGAGUUUGAAUGUGAGGGGUUUUUUUCAGUUUUUCUGUCCAUUAUAGACGAAUUUUAAAAACUCUAAAAAGAACAAAAAAAGCCCCAACCAACCAAAAAACUCUCAACCAACCAAAAAACUCUCAACCAACCAAAAGUUAAAAGCAAACAAACAAAACCACCAAAAUACCAAAACAAAAACCAACAAAAAAAGGCAAAAAAACCCCACCCAACCAACCAAAAUAAACUAACCCCCCUCAAAAAAAAACAACCAAAACAAAACCAAAAAAACCAACCAACCAACCAAACCAAAAAAAAAAACCCAAAAAACUACCAUCAA